AUGAGGGCUUUACUGCUACUCCUUGGCCUCGCAGCGGCGCCCCACAAACCCCGCCGCGAGCGCGACCUCCCCGGCACCUUUGUGCGUUUCGCCGACCUCGAGCAAUGUCCGCGCCUCGUGCCCCGCGCCACCCCGGCGCGUGUCGACGAUGUCCGCCCAGACGACUUCUCCGUCGUCAUGGCCCUCGGCGACUCGAUCAGCGCGGCGCUGCUCGCCCGCGGGGGGUGGGAGCCGCAGGCGCGCGAAGAGCCCCAAGAUCACUCCACACACUCACUCUCACAAGAAGCCCAGAAAGCAUUUGAGCACCCACCCGCUUCCACAGCCCUCGCACCCGCCCCGGGCGUACCCGAAAUUCUCGAGUGGCGCGGGCUCUCGUACGCCGCGGGUGGGGACCGCGGCGCUCUCACCCUCCCCAACCUGCUCUCGCACUACACCCGCGUCGUCGGUAUGAGCUACGGGCGCCAUCCGGCGAUCUGCGUCGGCGGUGAGAGCGACGACUGCCACCCUCCUAGUGACGGGCUGAACGGCGCCGUGAGCGGGAGUAUCGCCACUAGCCUCCUUGGCCAGGCGCAAGAACUGAUGCCGCGGUACAAGGCGCUCAGCACCAGCUCUCGGAAGGGCUGGACGUAUGUCAACCUCGCCAUCGGGGCGAAUGAUAUCUGCGCCUUCUGUCUCUCUUGCCCCGGCACACCCGACGAGUUCGCGGAAGGCAUCUCCGCCGCCGUCGAGGUCCUGCGGCAGCAUAUCCCCCGCUUGAUCGUCAACAUCGUCGGCCUCUUCCGCGUCAGCGCAGUGUACAAGCUCACGCUCCACGACCCUUACUGCCAAGGGCCGUACCACCCGCCCAUCCCCCACCUGCCCUUGGAGUGCUCGUGCGCGACCCUCCCCGGCCCGGUCGGCGACUACUCCCGCCACCGGAUGGACGAGCUGGGCGCCGCGUACGAUGCCGCCGUACGUGACCUCGUGCGCCGGUGGGACGCCGAGCGCAACAGCUCAUUCGCGGCGAUCUGGCAGCCCGGCACCGCGCUCGACCUCGAGCACUACCCUAUCGAAGCCGUGUCGCCCAUCGACUGCUUCCACCCCUCGGAGGACGCGCACCAGCGGCUCGCGGCAGGCAUAUGGAACCGCCUCGUUCUUCCCCAGGCAUACAAAUCCUUCCCCUUCGCCUGGGAAGACGACGUGUGGGUGCGAUGCUUGGAGGCAGACGAUCGCGUGCAAGUACGGCAGGCGUUGUAA